AUCUCAUAUUCUUUGCUCUCAUCAGAGACUACCCAGUCAACAUCUUCACCAUCGUCCUACAACAUACAUCCAUUACCUACGUACGCGGCUGAGCCGGGACUCGCUUGCAUAGCUAUAGUCGUCCGGUCUUUGUUAAGAGAAACGUUCACGUUCACGUUCACGUUCACGUCGCGUUUCAUCGCCAGUGAAGGGAGCUGCAAGCUUGCGAACAUCUGUCAACAAUAGUCAAGUCGCAAGGACUUUAGACCGGCUCCUCCGACUUUUGAGAGCUGCUCCAAAAUUGUGCGACUGAGAAAGAGCUAGGAAUUGGGUGGUUACGUCAUAGCGAAGAUGUUUCCUCCAUCGCAAGGCUUGCGAUUGGACAUUGAUGCCAUCAGCCAAAUAUUUGGUUCAAUAAGUAUCGCAUGCUGGAUAGUUGUUUUCUCACCUCAGAUUAUCGAGAAUUGGAAGAGGGGCUCAGCGGAGGGUCUUUCAGUGGUCUUCAUCGUAGUAUGGCUACUCGGUGACUUCUUCAACAUCAUAGGGGCGGUGCUGCAAGGUGUCCUGCCAACGAUGACCAUCUUGGCGGUGUAUUAUACUCUAGCCGACAUCGUGCUGCUGCUACAGUGCUUCUACUACAAGGGCUUUACACUGCGCGAUGAGUUUAAGAAGCCCACCGAUGAGUCCGACGAGGAUAGCGAAGUUAGUGAGCAGUCACCGCUUCUGCCUCAUCGCAGACCUCAGUCGAGCGGCUCACCCUAUACAAACGGCAACGGCCAUGGAAUCGAAGUCCAGAGACCGCGCAUUUCGGACAUUGACCGCCGUGGCUCAGGCCAUUCCCAAGGCUCAUUCCGUGAGCGCUACCUCUCCAUUGAUGGCACGCAUCUCUCGCCUGUCACACCGCUACACGAUGACUCAACUGCUGCACACCAAAAUGGCGCGGUUGCAGCCAGAUCUCAACUGGCCCAGUCCAGCUUGCAAACGAUCCUCUUCAAUCUUGGGACCAUAGUCCUUGUAUGCGCGGCCGGUGUUUUCGGCUGGUACCUUAGCGCACGAAACUCCACCGCUCCCAGCCAACCCGACGACCAGGACUCAUCACCCGAAUCGACCUUGCACUUCAACCUCUGGGGCCAGGUCUCUGGUUACGUUUGUGCUGCGCUUUACCUCGGGUCCCGCGUCCCACAGCUCCUGCUCAACUACCGCCGCAAGUCGACCGAAGGCAUCAGCAUGUUGUUCUUUCUGUUUGCUUGCCUGGGUAACUUGACAUAUGUGUUGAGUAUCCUAGUAUACAAGCCCAAGUGCGGAGGCCACAUCUGCCAGGAUGGUGAGGGACGUGCCGAGUACGGCACGUACAUUGCGGUCAAUAUGAGCUGGUUGUUGGGUAGCUUCGGAACAUUGUUGUUGGAUGCCGGGGUGUUUGUGCAGUACUUCUUGUAUAAGGUGGAUGAUGAUGAGAGUGACGAUGAAGAGUAGGCAGGAUACAUGUUGGGUGCCAAAAGUGUUUUAUCAUGAACGUUUUGGUUGUGGCAUGGCGAUCGACCAUGCGGGCGUGCACAACCAUGAAACUGUACAUUAUACGUAGCGGUAUCUGUUGGGCCAGCUGAUUCCUUUCAUAGGAGUCUAAUCGGUGCCUGGAGUUACCUAAUGCCAAGUGGCUCUCAACCUCUGAUAUCUAGAGACAGGAUCCGCCGGCCAUCGUUUGCAAGCGUCUAGCUACGUUAAACGCCCCCCUCGAUGCCUUAGGCUGGAUUAUGUGCGUUUGUUAGAAUGCCGGAGUCAUUUCAAAUCAUAAUGGAACAGAAACUCUUCACC